GCUCGACCCGUCGUCAGCCAUGUUGUUUGUCUGACAGCGACGUACAGCAACAGGUUGUCAAAGAUUCUCUAUAAAACGCUGCGGAAAUCAUUUAAAGAAACCCCUACGGCCGAUUGUCUUUCAUUUAAUUCAGAGGGCCAUGGAAAAGGAUACGUUUUCUUCCCAGGAGAUUUCGUCAAGUCAAUAAUGCUGUUGUGUAAUAUGACUGAGCUAGCCAGCUGAGACGAGGAGAUCAGGACCGCUCUCCUCAUAUCCCUGCCACCUGCAGCCAUGAAUGGUGGUCGGAGUAUUUGGGCUAUAACCCCAGAGGAGAGGGACAAACAUGAUCACAAGUUUGACAGCCUCCUGCCAGCGCAGGGCUAUGUUACAGGGGAGAAGGCACGGAACUUCUUCAUUCAGUCAGGGCUUCCUCAACCUGUGCUAGCUGAAAUCUGGGCCCUGGCUGAUAUGAAUAAAGAUGGUAAGAUGGACCGGCUGGAGUUUUCUAUAGCCAUGAAGCUUAUCAAGAUGAAACUGCAGGGGCAGAAUCUUCCUACAGCUUUGCCUAUCAUCAUGAAGCAGCCACCUGUGCCAGCUCCAACCAUGCCAGCAGCACCUCUCGGAAUGGGAACUAUGCCAAAUUUACCCAUGAUGCCCAAUGUGCCCAUUCUGACUCCCAUACCUAUGACGACCAUGAGCCCUAUUCCAGUCAUGACUCCCAUGAUGGGCACAGGAUUGCCGAUGUCAAUGAUGCCCACCAUCAGCACUCAAACCCUGCCUAAUGGACCUAUUGCCAUUCUACAGCCGUCCCCCAUGCCUCUCACUUCCACUCUCCCACUGUCAAGUUCCUUUUCCUCUUCUCCGUUGGGUUUCUCCACCACUCCGAUGAACAAAACAUCGUCUUUGCUGGACCUGGGGUCGAGCAGCUCAAACUCCUCCCCCUCCACAUCAUUGGCCAGUAACUCGCCUAAAGGCGGACCCUCUGAUUGGGGCGUUCCACAGGCAUCACGGCUCAAAUACAGGCAACAGUUUAACAGCCUCGACAAGCAAAUGAGCGGUUAUCUAACAGGUCCUCAAGUGAGAACUGCAAUGGCUACAACACUACUAACUCAAACACAGCUUGCUGCUAUCUGGAAUCUAGCUGAUGUUGAUAAGGAUGGUAAACUAAAGGCUGAUGAGUUUAUUCUUGCCAUGCAUCUGGUAGACAUGGCUAAAAUGGGACAGCCGCUGCCUUUGGCACUCCCUUCAGAUCUGCUGCCCCCUUCAUCAAGGGGAAAGCUAGGUGAGUCUAUGAAUGGAACCACUCCCUCAAUCUACGCAGGACUGGCUGAGGACCUCUGUGAGCCUGAGCCUCCACAGAAAUCAAGGAACAAUUUGACUUUUGAGGAUAAGUUCAAGAAAAACAUGGAGCUUGGAAAUGCAGAGCUGGAGAAGCGCCGGCAGGUCCUGCAGGAGCAGCAGCGCAGGGAGGAGGAGAGGAGAGCACAGAAGGCCAGAGAGGAGCAGGAGCGGAGAGAAAGAGAAGCGCGAGAGCUGGAGCUGAAGAGGAAGAGGGAAGAAGAGAUCAGACUGGAGCGACAGAGGGAGCUGGAGAGACAGAGAGAGGAGGAGAGACUCAAAGAGCUGGAGAGGAAGGAGGCAGCCAAGAAGGAGCUGGAACGCCAGCAACAGCUUGAGUGGGAGAGGAGGAGAAAGCAAGAGCUCCAGAACCAUAAGAGUGAGGAACAGGAGGACAUCAUCAAGCUCCGAGCCAAGAAGAGGAGUCUGGAGAUGGAGCUGGAGGCUGUGGGCAACAAGCAGAAGCAAAUCUCUGACAAGCUCCGAGAUGCUCAAGGCAGAAAGAGAAUUCAUAAAAAUGAGCUGGAAGUGAUCAACCAGAAAAGAGACUCCUGCAUCACUGAAAUAAGCUCUCUGCAGAAACAGUUAGAGGAUUUUAAGAGAAAAUUGGGGCAGUCAAGUUCUGAACAGCAGAAACUCAAUGACAAACUCCACAGUUUGAGUCUAAACAGCGUUCCUUCUGCAACGGUGAAGACUUUGCAGAACAAUAUGGAAGAGAAGGAUCUUUCCUGUCGAAAGCUUAAAGAGCAACUUAAUGCAGUAGAAAAAGAGACUGCGGCAAAAUUGGCAGACAUGGAUCAGUAUAAGAAAGACAUUCAGGAUCUCAGAGAGAGCCAGAGGAUGCAAGAGUCUGCUUUGGAAAAACUGCGCACCAUCAAGGAAGAAAAAAUCAGAGAGCUUAAGAAGCGAAAGCAGGAAGAACUUGAAAAGAAAAGAAGAGAAGAGGAAGAACAGAAACGCAUCAAACUAGAAAAGGAGCGACAGUGGCAGGAGAAACUGAGGCGCGAUGAAGAGGAGAAACAGCGGAAAAUCCAGGAGGAGAGAGACGCCAAACUUCGCGAGGAGGAGGAGAGAGAAAGACAAGCUCGCUUACAGGCUGCUAAAGAACAAGCGGAACGAGAGCGCAAGGCCCGUGAGGAAGAGGAGAGGAGGCGUAGGGAGGAGGAGGAAGAACGGAGAGAGCAAGAGAGACGCAGACUGGAGGAGGAGGACCGCAGGCGGAGAGAUGAAGAGAGGAGGAAGCUGGAGGAAGACAGGAGGAAACUGGAAGAAGAAAGGAGAAUGCUGGAGGAGGAGAGAAAAAGGCAGGAGGAGAUAAGAUUGAAGGAGGAGAGGGAGAGGGAGGAGCGCAGGAGAGCAGAGGAGGAGAGGAGGAGGAAAGAGGAAGAGAGACGAGAAGAGGAGCGGAAGAGAGAGCGUGAGGAGGAGGAGAGGAGACGUCAUCGAGCACAGGAAGCAGCUUUGAGGGAUGCGGAGGAGAGGAAGAGGAUCGAGGAGGAGAGGAAGAGAAAAGAAGAGGAGCGGAGAAAGCAGGAAGAGGAGGACAGGAGGCGAAGGGAGGAGGAGCAAAGGAAACAGGAUGAGGAGAGGAAGAGGAAACAGCAGCAGGAAGAGGCAGCAGCUGCUAGAUUGAGGGAUGAUGAACAGAAUAAGAAGAACACUGUUAAAUCAGACCUUGUUUCUGCUCUUCUGCGUGGCCUGGAGGAGAGGAAAGGCGGCAGACGUCCUCUCGGUACGCAGCACAGGAGAUCAGCUGCACUGACCACUUUUAAAGCGCUUUACCCCUUCACUGCCAGAAAUGAGGAAGAGCUCUCCUUUGAAUCAGAUGAUCUGAUCGAGGUGGAUGAGAGCGUAGAGCGUGAGCAGGGCUGGCUAUACGGCAGUCAGCAAGGGAAGAUGGGCUGGUUCCCCGAGAGCUAUGUGGAGAAGCAGACCAAAUCAGAGGCUCCUGUCAUGGCUAAACAAGCUCUGAAACCCCAGGUCUCCAUCUCUGUCAGCAAACUGAGUGAUGGACCGGGUGGAUCACGUCUGAACUCUGCCUUUACCCCCACCCAUGCCACAGGCUCCACCUCCUCCAACCACGGCCAGGUGGUGGGCAAUGUGCAAGCUCAGGCUCUGUGCUCUUGGUCUGCAAAGACAGACAACCAUCUCGACUUCUCCAAGGACGACGUGAUCACUGUUCUGGAGCAGCAGGAGAACUGGUGGCUGGGGGAGCUCAAUGGGGUUCAGGGCUGGUUCCCCAAAACCUAUGUUACAGUUCUGAACACCAGUGACGCACAAGCAGAUUCCACUGAUGCAUCUGAUACAACUGAUGGAUCCAACUAUGAAGAAUACGUGGCUCUUUACACUUAUGAGAGUCCUGAGCCUGGAGACCUGACCUUCAAUGAGGGCGACACUAUCCUGGUCUCGGAGAGAGAAGGAGAGUGGUGGAGAGGAAGCAUCGGAGACCGAGCAGGACUCUUCCCAUCCAAUUAUGUCAAACCAAAGGAGACCGAUACGGCAAGUCUCUCUGGAAAAUCCGGAACGCUUGGCAAGAAACCUGAAGUGGCUCAGGUUACCACUGCAUGCACAGCUGCAGGUGCAGAGCAGCUGAAUCUUUCCCCAGGUCAGCUCAUCCUCAUCCUCAACAAAAACCCCUCCGGCUGGUGGCUCGGGGAACUGCAGGCCAGGGGGAAGAAACGUCAGAAGGGCUGGUUCCCUGCUUCACACGUCAAGCUACUUGGCUCAAACAGUGGCAAAUCCACACCUGCAACUCCAUCAGUUGGCCAAGUCAUCGCCAUAUACGACUACACCGCAGCGAACGAAGACGAGCUGAGCUUCUCAAAGAGUCAAGUCAUCAACGUUCUGGACAAAAGCAACCCUGACUGGUGGAAGGGAGAGCUCAAUGGGGUCACAGGCUUGAUUCCUACCAACUAUGUGAAAUUGACCACAGAUUCUGACCCCAGUCAGCAGUGGUGUGCUGACCAGAGCACUCUGGAAUCAAUGAGCCCAAAGGACAGGAAACGGCAAGAUUACAUCCAUGAGCUCAUUGACACAGAGGAGAAAUACGUAGAAGACCUACAGCUGGUCCUAGAGGUCUUCUACAAGCCCAUGUCUGAAUCAAAUCGUCUCUCUGAGGCUGAAAUGAACAUGAUAUUUGCCAACUGGAGAGAGCUUAUUCAGUGCAGCUCCAAGAUGCUCAAGGCCCUAAAAGCAAGGAAAAAGAGCGGAGGAGACAACAUGCCUGUUCACAUGAUCGGCGACAUCCUGGCAUCCGAGCUGUCAAACAUGCAGGCCUACAUCCGCUUCUGCAGCUGCCAGUUGGAGGGUGCUGCGCUGCUACAACAGAGAACUGAUCAGGAGCCAGACUUCAAAACCUUCCUCAAGAAAAUUGCCACAGACUACCGUUGUAAAGGAAUGCCUUUGUCCAGCUUUUUACUCAAACCUAUGCAAAGGAUCACCCGCUACCCUCUUCAUAUUAAACACAUUUUAGAAAACACUUCAGAGAGCCACGUGGACUACAUUCAGCUGACUGAGGCUUUGGAUAAGGCCGAGCAGCUGUGCUUUCAGGUGAAUGAGGGCGUCAGGGAGAAGGAGAACUCAGACCGACUGGAGUGGAUUCAAUCCCAUGUGCAGUGUGAAGGCAUAGCCGAGAAUCUGAUCUUCAACUCCAUGACCAACUGCCUGGGUCCUCGUAAACUGCUGCACAGUGGAAAGGUGUUUAAGAUGAAGAGCAAUAAGGAGUUACAUGCUUUUCUGUUCAGCGACUUUCUGCUGUUCGCCCAAGCUGUCAGACAGUUCACUUCCUCAGGAACAGACAAACUCUUCAGCCCAAAAUCCAACACCCAGUACAAGAUGUACAAGACUCCUGUGUUCCUGAAUGAAGUUUUAGUGAAGCUUCCAUCAGACCCAUCCAGCGACGAGCCUGUCUUUCACAUUUCCCACAUAGAUCGUGUCUACACAUUGAAGACCGAGAACAUUAACGAGAGGACUGCAUGGGUUCAGAAGAUCAAAAUUGCAUCAGAAGGAUUCAUUGAGACUGAGAAGAAAAAACACGAGAAGGCAUAUCAGUCUCGAUCAAUGAAGGGAAGUGGCAUCGGUCGCCUGCUUGUCACCAUCUUAGAGGCAACUGAGCUUAAAUCCUCCAAACCAAAUGGAAAGAGUAAUCCAUACUGUGAAGUGACCAUGGGCUCUCAGUGUUACACUUCCCGAACCAUCAAUGACACAGUCAACCCCAAGUGGAACUUCAAUUGUCAGUUUCACAUUAAAGACCUGUAUCAAGAUGUCCUCUGCAUUACGAUUAAUGAGAAAGAGCAGUUUUCACCAGAUGCCUUCUUAGGUCGCACUGAGGUUCCUGUAGCCACUAUUAAGAAAGAGCUUGAGAAUAAAGGUCCGUCCACAAGGAGGCUGCUGCUUCAUGAAGUGCCCACGGGAGAGGUUUGGGUUCGGCUUGACCUGCAGCUGUUUGACCACAAAACUCCCAAAUGAUGAUGGAGGUUAUCUCUUCAAAGCUGCUCUUCAAGCACAGUGUCUCACCACUAACUAUCAACAUCUUCAAGACUGACCUUUGCCUUACGAUGUCCUCUACUAAUGAGGAACAUACUAAUGAAUGUGUUUGUGUUCACAACUUUGCCAAGUUUUGUUUCUUGAUCAAGCGACAUGGGAACAAAAAGGGAGAAUUAGGGAUUUUUAGUUUUAUUGCCUAAAAAAAUCAUUUUUCCACUGGAUGUAGAGAUAUUCUCAGGACCUUUAUUUUGCUUCUAAUAUACUGUCUUUUAAUGAUGUACUUAAAGCUAUAUUUGUUAUACUCGUAAUUUGCCUAGAUCUGAAGUUGAUGAGAACCGUUUUUUUAAACUUGAAUAUUCUCAUCAUUAACACUAAACCAGGUGGUGUUGUUUUAAUUCAUUAUCUGUCUGCCUUAACUGCCAGUUCUUCCAUUAAAAUUCACCCUAACAGAAUUCAUUUGCACCAGUCAGUGGAUCCUCUGUAAAACCUAAUAAGAUUCUGUUAUAUGUAACUUGGAAGGAACUUAUUUUUGCAAAGCUUACUAGUUUUAUUUACGAAGGUACAAAUGAGGUGAUUAACCAGGGAUUAUUGGUUACAGGUCUAAUCACUGUUGAUUUUGUUUGCUUGACUGAGUUUUAUUUAUGUUUAUUUAUGCGUCUUGGACUAUCUGCACAUUUUACGCUGCCCAAUAUAUCUGGAUUGCCAUUAAGCAUUCAGGUAAGGUCUUAAUAUUGUAUAUUUUUGCUGAGUUGGAGUAGUUUGAGCAUUGACUUAAGAGCCACAGUUGUUGUUUUUUUAGGUUUUACUCAUUUUAGUUUUAAAUGUAAUACAUUUUUGAUUAUUCUUCUUUUUCCUUGCUCUACUCUUGCUACUUUAUCCUUGAUUUUUAGCCAAGUGUUUGUUUUGAAAAGAAAAAUGGUUUAAUAUUGUUUGGUAAGGCCACUAAGCACAAAUAUGCAACAAGCAUCAGGUUUCACAUGCAAAUAAAAUACAUUUAAAACGUUA